GGUUGCUCGCGUCUAAAUUCUGGCAUCAUUGGUGGCGCGUCGUUACGUUACGCGUCGCUCUCCGGCGAGGCACUCUGCUUGAGCACUUUGUCGGAACGGUGCCGCAAAGUAGUUGUCAAAAUGGCGGCGUUGGAAGGCGUGAAUCCGAAUUGCGAGGUGGUUCGCGGGCAAACAUUCGAGGUCGGACCGCGCUACACGAAUCUGUCAUACAUGGGCGAGGGUGCCUACGGCAUGGUCGUAUCUGCCUACGAUAAUGUAACCAAAACGAAAGUAGCUAUUAAAAAAAUUUCUCCGUUCGAACAUCAAACAUAUAGUCAGAGGACUUUGAGAGAAAUAAAAAUUCUUACGAGGUUUAAGCAUGAAAAUAUAAUAGAUAUAAGGGAUAUAUUAAGAGCACCUAAUUUAGAGCAAAUGAAAGACGUAUAUAUCGUUCAGUGUCUAAUGGAAACUGAUCUCUAUAAAUUAUUGAAGACACAAGCUAUUAGUAAUGAUCACAUAUGUUAUUUUCUGUACCAAAUAUUGCGAGGACUAAAGUAUAUACACUCGGCAAACGUGUUACAUAGAGAUUUGAAACCGAGCAAUCUGCUGUUGAAUACCACUUGUGACCUUAAGAUAUGCGACUUUGGUUUAGCGAGGGUCGCGGAUCCAGAGCACAAUCACGCGGGUUUCCUUACGGAGUAUGUGGCCACAAGAUGGUAUAGAGCUCCGGAAAUCAUGCUUAAUUCUAAGGGUUAUACAAAGUCCAUAGACAUUUGGUCAGUUGGUUGUAUCUUGGCGGAAAUGCUCUCGAGACGAGCGAUAUUCCCUGGCAAACAUUAUUUGGAUCAAUUGAAUCACAUCCUCGGUGUCCUCGGAUCGCCCUCGCCGGAGGAUCUCGAAUGCAUCAUAAACGAGAAAGCACGCAAUUACCUGCAGUCUUUGCCGUAUAAACCAAAGGUAGCAUGGACGAGUCUUUUUCCCAAUGCUGAUCCAAGAGCUUUGGAUCUCUUGGACAAAAUGCUAACGUUCAAUCCCAAUAGACGCAUCGUGGUGGAAGACGCGCUGGCACAUCCCUAUUUAGAGCAAUAUUAUGAUCCUGCCGAUGAGCCUGUAGCAGAGGAACCAUUUAAAUUUGACAUGGAGUUGGAUGAUCUCCCAAAAGAAGUAUUAAAACAGUAUAUUUUUGAAGAAACCUUAUUAUUUCAAAAGAAUCAUCAAGAAAACGCUAUGUAGUCGAUUGGCAUAUUGUUGCCGGAAUUUCAAUAGUGGAUAAGCGUGAUAAUUGAACGGAAAAGAAAAAAAAAAA